AUGACAUUCUUAACACAAGAUCAAUUUAAACGAACAGAGAAGGGAUUGAUUGUACUUAUUUAUUCUAUGAUUUGUCAAUUUUUCCCAGAAAUAGCGUUGAUUGAAAAUGCUACACGGAUGAAAUUUCUUCAGAGGUUCUACGACCAGUUUGUUCCAAUUUACCGUGCUGAAAUGACUGUAGGAAUAUUUAUAAUUUCAGCCAUCCAUAUAAGAUCGGUCUGGGUAUUGGGCAUUCGUGGAUUUGGCUCCAGAGCCGGCGAUUUUUGGAACCGCUCAAUGUUGGUACGAGUGGAUAUUCAUUAAAUACCAUUUCGUCGGAAGAUAUGAUUGGAUCUCAUACCUCCCAUCUUUUGCUCACUUCGUUGUAUAUCACCCAUCUUUAGAGAUGUAUAGCCGAAGCAUCUUUAGAGGUGUAAAACCUUGGCUCCGGCUCUGGGUAUUCCAAAACAUUGCUCCGGGUUUUCAAAAUAUUAGCUCCAGCUCCGUGCCAUAUCCUUACUGAAUAUGAUACACUUUUAUCACGUGAUAAUAGCUUGAU